AUGACGCGCGACACUCGCGCGCGAGCGCUGGAGAAGAUAGCUUCGCUCUCGGCGACGGGCCCCGCGACUUCGUUUGAGAAAUCAGACCUCGACCGACUGUGCAAGGCGUGCCAUUCAGGAGCAAGAGGAGGCGAACAUGGCCAAGCUGGGCAUAACGCAAAGCCGAAUGGCUCUCUGGGAAGAGUCCCCAUGUCAAUUCGCGAGUUUGAAGUCCUCCUCGCCUUAUGCAAGACCGCGCCGAACAUCCAAUCCAGCCAAAGCGCCCAGAAGCUCUCUUAUCGAUUGAUCCCUUACAUACUCGACAUCCAUACCCAAGUCUUUGUGUCAUCGCCCUUCUUUCGCAAGAUCGAGCCAUCCCCGACGGAGUCGUUGGCCUUCCACGUUACGGCUGCCCUGUUGUCGCUUGGAAACAACUACCACGAACUUCACGACGAAAUCUCCAAUGGCAUCUGGCACUUCGUCAACGAUUGUAACAAGGUGGCUGAAAAUGUCGUGUCGCCACACGUCGGCGAUCCUGAGAACCCCCAUCUAGAUGACGCGAUCCGGACCGCGACCAUUGCGCUGGCUCUCGUUGGUUUCCUUGAUGCCAUGUCUGCCCAGGCAGAUUUCUGGAGAGUGGACGGUCGACUAUUCCUUAUACAAAAGAUUCGCCAGCUUCUCUCAGAACCGUUCUUGGUUGCAGUUGAGACUGCCAUCUCUACCAUCCGUAACUCCCUUAGCCAAGACCGGGACGUGAAGGAGUGGAAGAGGCAUCUGCGUCAUUAUGCCGCCUCGGGACGACCUCUUGGAGCAAUGCUGCUGCAACGUAGUUUUAUGUGGCUGGUACUGGCGAGCAGCUCCUUGAUGGUUGCGGAUGGAACACGCCUUCGGACCACACACAUCUUGGACGUCCUCAUGUCGAAAGACGGCAACCUGAACUCUGCUGAGAUAGCGGCCGAUACCCCCUCUAUCGAGACAUAUACUGGUCUUGCGAUAGAGCAGAUGCAUUACAUCGAGGCGGGUGCUGACUUCGUGCGACUUGGAGCGCACUCUCAGCAACAGCUUGCCUUUGCAGUCAAAUCCGCCGCCAUGAUCACGUAUCUGAACUGUGCUCUGCUUAACGAAGAGAUUGCGGAUGCGGAUAUCCUCACCACAUGGCUCCAGGAGGCACUGGAAGACCCUAUGCAGAUGACUGACGAAACUUUGGCAUCUACUGUUCUACAGUGUCUGGCUCUGAGCUGCCGUAUAGCGCCUUCGUUUUCUUCCACCGUCAGCCGCGUGCUUCCACGGUUUCUUGUCCAGACUGUGCCUCAAGGCAACACCGUUGGAGUGGCAUCAAAGAGUUUAGCAUAUGUUUUGAGGCUGCUCUCCAAAGACGCAGUCAUUAGCACUCUCUAUACCUUGGGCAACGUGCUGAGCCCGGGCUCCGAUGGAACGAUUACUGGCUUGCAAGCUAAUGGCACCGCCGGCGAAGCAAACCUGGUCCCUGUUUAUGUCAACAGACACUCUACGGGGAGCGCCAUUUCUCUUCAGAUGAACGGUGAGGAAGAGACAGCCAUAAUUUACGGCAAUGUUGUUCAGGCUAUAUGCGGCAUUGCGGCAGCAUGUGAUGAUGAAAAGAUUACGGCUCUUGCACAGUCCAUGCUUCUGCAGAAAUUGGACAAGGUCAACGUCAGCGUCGAUACCCAGGUAAUAGCUGGUGCAGCUACAUUGGCACUUAGUGGAGGUCAAUUGGAGUUCCGCUCGCUCCUCAAAUUAUACUCGAGGAUAUGCCAUAUCGGCGUGGUAGAGAAAAAGGACUUUCUCUUGGGUUCGGUGAGGAGAGCUCGCGCCCACAUCUCCGCUCGUUUGCGUCGUGAUUCCCCCUUGUUCGACAUCUACUGGGAACAUUUGCUUGAUAGCAUUAUUUCCCUAGGCGAUGCUCAUGCGUCUGGGCAAACCAAGGACUCGGACGUGCAGCUAGCCGCUCAAGAGAUUGGGGAACUGCUGCACCCUCUUGCCGUGUUCAUGGCCAGCAAUGAUCUUGCCUCGGAACCACUGACGAGCGACGAAUCCAAUGCUCUCCUUAGAGAUGCAUGGUUCAACAUUGUUGUGCAUGGCUUCAUGACAACCACCGAACAUGGCAAGAAGCACAUCGAUGAGCUUCGCAUGAUUGCCGUGCACUCUCCCGCCUUAGUGGCGAGCCAGCGUAGCGAGCAGGUUGAGAGCGACAUCGAGCUUAAUACUGUGCUGAGACGAGGACAUAGCAAUGAACGAGAGGCAAUGCAGAAGAAGCUUCUCAGCGAGCUCAUACCAUCAAAGGCAGCUGAUAUUAAGAGCCUUAGCUACCGAAAGGUCAUUUUCCUUCAAGCCGCUUACCUAGUUGAGAGUCUCCGGGCCGACGCAGGCGACUGCACAAAGGCAUUGACCUACUUUUUGGAGCCUGCCAUGCGAAAGGACGAUGUGAGUAGCACUAUGGAGGGCAUUGCUGCGGCUGUCGUGGACAAGUAUUUGAGAAAGACGCUCGCUGGCAUUGACCCGAGCUUCUCCUCCCAAUACGCCGCUACACAGCUUGUUUCCAUCUUCUGUAACUGCUGCCAUCGCAUCGAGCGCGUCCAGCAGGCUGCAUUUGCUUGCGCAGACCGUAUCAUCAGGGAUGUCCCCUCGGCCCUGUGCCACAGAACGUCUCUCUUCGCUUUGCUAGAACUCCUUUCCCUCUUGUGGACAAGUUGUCUUGAGGCCGAGACUGAUAUCUACACACCACGGUCGAUAUUUACUUCCAAGCUUGGUGACGUGACACUCGAGCUAUCCGACGACUAUGAUUUCCGUCGCUGGACCCUAGACAUCCUUAACCGCAAGGCCAAGGCGUGGGUUACUGCGGCUAUCAACCUGGCGCCGUUGGAUGUGAAGGGCCUUCUCCAGACAUAUUUGUCGGAAUUUGAAGACGAUGGUGCAUACGGUCAUGUUUCCCUUGGCCGAUCUUUUGCCCUGGAAGUUGGGUCCAUCAUUCCUUCAACGGAUAGCAGGCUACAAUCGCUCGACCGUGUCGGAGACACUGCUCUCAACACAGCGUCUGAUUUGAUCGCUCAGUAUACUACUCGUCAAGAAUACCGCUAUGGCGAAACACUUCCAGAUCGCGGGUCUGAGCUGAUAAGUUUCAUGAAUUUAAACCGACGGUCGUCGUUUGUGCAGUCCACAGUGAUAGAGAGUGCUAAUGCGGCCACCGCUUUGGCUCAUAUCGAGGCACGGAUUUUAAGCAAAAAGUCUACUUCUUUGAAUGAGGUUCGCGAGAUUCUCAGACGAGCAGCCGCCCUCUUGUGUCGCGGUGGAAAAGAUGAAUCAGCUGUUGCUCGCUACCUAGUGAACAUUCCCUUCGCUCUGUUCACAAAGCAGUCGAUCAAGCUGGGCGUCUCGCUGUGGCUUGGUGUAAUGAACGAAAACCCACAGCUCGAGCCCAAACUUCUUAACUCUAUUGCUCAGCAGUGGGAGCUAAGCAUUUCUCGCAAGGUCGGCUUGUUCCAUCCUGCUCUGAACCACCCUGACCCUUUCUUCCUCAAGGAAGAGUUCGCGCCAAGUGAGCUGGAAAUGCUCGCAAAGCGACGGCAGUUGGUACAUGACAUUUUGUCUCCUCACGCUCGUCUGCUGCAGUUUUUCAGCAGCCACUUCAACGCCACCAGACUUGGCUGCCCCGAUAUCCAGAGAAUCUUUAUUCGCAUGCUUGACUUGACUCUGGACGCCGUUAAGGACUGCGCGUCUCACCCACUGGCAAGAGAAUUGCGUCUACAGAUUGUCCUCUUUGGCCUACAUGUUUUGCGAUGGAGCACCAUCAUCAACGCUACAGCCCAGUUUCGUCUCAAGGGCAAGAUUCUGUCGGCAGGCCUCUCCUGGUUCAGGAAUUCCCCGAGAUGGUCCUUUGGUAGCAAUCUUGUACAACUAAAGACCGAGUUCCGCCUCAUCUCGGACGUCCUCGCCGCCAUGAAAGUUGUUGCUGCCAUCGGUGCUAACACGAGCGGCGUUAAUUCGCUACGUUCCAAAGAGCAGCUUCUGCAACUACUGUUGGAAAACGAGCAAUCGCGCCUAGCGGUAUGGACAAGCCCUCUAAGCCAGCAUCACGCUCACCUGACGAUCCAUCACAACUCCUCGAAAGCAGCGACGGAGGCUGCUCUUCUGCCACUGAUUCCUACAGCCUGGUUCCAAGAUCCUGCUAUCGCCAUUGAGCUUGCAACGAGAUUUCACUACCCUCGCUUGGCUCGCGAGAUCAGAUCACUGCUUCUUGCGAUGCCAGAAAAAGCCAUAUCUGAACCUGAAGCCAUUCCUCUCAUGCUCGGUGGCCAUCUACCUGAAGAUGUCACUUCACAACUCAAGUAUCUCUUGUUUUGGGAGCCGAUCAAUCCUCUCACUGCGGUGACUCUCUUCCUGCCAGCAUAUAGAGACCAUCCUUUCCUCAUCCAGUACGCUAUGCGAGCUCUGGAGAGUCAUCCAGUGGAUAUUACCUUCUUCUACGUGCCUCAGAUUGUGCAAACACUGCGUUAUGACACACUCGGAUACAUGGAACGAUACAUCCUUGAGACUGCCCAGUUUUCCCAACAUUUUGCUCACCAGAUCAUCUGGAAUAUGAAAGCCAACGCAUACAAAGACAACGACGGCGAAAUCCCCGAUGCCAUCAAACCAACUCUUGACUCCAUCAUGACCAAGAUGGUGGACAGCUUCUCCCCCGAAGACAGAGACUUUUACCACCGAGAGUUUGCCUUUUUUGAUGAAGUCACCAGCAUUUCGGGUAAAUUGAAGCCAUAUAUUAAGCGGCCAAAGCCGGAGAAGAAGCAGAAGAUUGAGGAAGAACUCCGAAAGAUCAAGGUUGACGUUGGCGUCUAUCUCCCGAUCGAUGCAGACGGCAUCGUCAUUGGCAUCGAUCGCAAGUCUGGAAAGCCUCUGCAGAGUCACGCCAAGGCUCCUUACAUGGCAACCUUCCGCAUCAAAAAGCACAAGGGCGGACUCGAGCAAGAGAACCAGCUCUUGGAGGGUAGUGGAGGGGAAGAAGGCAAGGAGCACGAGGACAACACGGUCGAGAUAUGGCAGUCGUGUAUCUUCAAGGUCGGAGACGAUUGCAGACAGGACGUGCUUGCGCUGCAGAUGAUUUCUGCCUUCCGGGGCAUCUUCCACAACGUCGGCCUCGAGGUUUUCGUGUUCCCGAACCACGUCACUGCGACGGCUCCCGGUUGCGGUGUCAUUGAGGUGUUGCCCAACUCGAUUUCCCGAGAUAUGCUUGGUCGCGAGGCCGUCAACGGACUUUACGACUACUUUGUCUCGAAGUACGGCAACGAGGACUCCCUUCGCUUCCAACAAGCCCGCGCCAACUUUGUCAAGUCCAUGGCCGCCUACUCUGUCAUUUCGUUCCUGCUCCAGUUCAAGGAUCGCCACAACGGCAACAUCAUGAUCGACGACGCCGGGCACAUCCUCCACAUCGACUUUGGCUUCUGCUUCGACAUCGCCCCCGGCGGCAUCAAGUUUGAGCGUGCGCCCUUCAAGCUCACGAGCGAAAUGAUGGCCGUCAUGGGAGGCUCGUCGGACCACCAGAGCUUCAAGGCCUUUGAGCAGCUCUGCAUCAAGGCCUUCCUCGCCAGCCGCCAGUACUGCGAGAAGCUCAGCCAGAUUGUCCAGCUCAUGAUGGACAGCGGCCUGCCGUGCUUCAAGCCGGAGAGUGUGCAGAACUUUAGGGACCGCUUCGUCAUGGACAAGACGGAGCGGGAGGCGGCCGACUUCAUGAAGGACCUUAUCAAGAAGAGUUACUCGAGUUACAGCACUGGUAUUUACGACCAGUUCCAGCUGCUUACCAACGGUAUUCCUUAUUGA